AUGUUAGAAUGCAUUAUAGACGCACAACGCCAUACCGCACAGAAUUUAGCUGACUUAACACUAACAAAAAAAAAAAAUUGUACCGAAUGGAAUGUUAUUGAAAAAGUAGUGUCAGUUACUGCUGGCAAUGCUAAUAACAUGCAAGCUGCCAUUCCUUUAUUAAAAUGGAAGCAAGUACCGUGUUUUGCUCACACAUUAAAUUUAAUUGUUCAAGCAGGUUUAACAGAAAUUAAGGCAAUUCAAAUUAAAGUUAAAACCAUUGUGGAACUUUUCCAAAGAAGUAUUUUGGCUAGUGAGCGCUUAACAGCCAUGCAAAAGCAGCUAGGAGAGAAACAGAUAAAAGUGAAACAAGACGUCAUAACAUGGUGGAACUCUACAUUUGAUAUGUUCGAGAGGAUUUUAGAGAUAAAAAGAAGUGUGAUUUCCACCAUUGCAACCGAUUAUCCCAACACGCCAAAUUUGACCCCCGACGACACAGAAAUUUUGUCGAAAUGUUGUGAUUUGUUACGACACUUUAAAUCAGUAACUGAAAUUAUGAGUGCAGAAAAGCAUGUAACUGUAUCGCAAAUAAUACUUUUAGCGAAUUUGUUUGAAAAAAACUGCGAAGCGUUCACCACUCAAGACAUUCCCCAAACAGUAAAGAAAAUGGCGAAGCGGUUCGUUACUGACACAUCAGUACGGUUUAGAAAUGUAGAGGAUAACAAAUUAUUUGCCGUAAGUACGCUUCUAGACCCACGAUUUAAGGCAUAUGGUUUUCCUGAUGACAAAAAAGUAGUUGAUAAUGCAAAAAAAAAAUAUUUAUCUAAUAUAGCGGCUAAAUCUAUUGCAUCAAUUAAUGAAACUGAAUCAGCAAUUAGUGAAAAUAUUACACAAAGCGAUAAAAACAUACAAAAACCUUCUAUAUGGGAUGAAUUCGAUCUAAAAAUUGUAGAUGCAGUUAAAAAGCAAAACCCGACCGCAGCUGCAAUCAUAGAAGUAGAUAAAUAUUUCGAUGAGCCUCUUAUUAGCAGGAAAUCCCACGACCCUGUAUUAUGGUGGUACACGAAAAGGCACACAUAUCCACGCCUAUAUGAUGUAGUCAAAAAACACUUUUGUACUCCGGCUACUUCAACUCCUUCCGAAAGAGUUUUUUCGAAAGCAGGACAUGUGGUUACUGACAGGCGCAACCGAUUAGAUGGUAAAAAAGUGCGCAUGAUUUUAUUUUUACACGCAAAUAUGUGA